AUGGCCAUCGGCAAGUCUCUUUUCCGCAAGCCUGUACACGACGUCGAGGUGCCUAAGCACAAGGGACUUGCGCUCCUUGGCUUAGGGCGCCACCACCACAAGUCCGAUGUGACAGUGAAAAACACCCCUUCGUCGCACCGUGUGACCCGCAAACACAAGCGCAGCUACACUGGCCGCCAGCAGCCGCAGAUCGAGUGUGGCUGCAACAACAGCGAAGAGCAGCCGCAUAAGCAUGCAAAUUCCUCAGUCUAUGACCGCUGCCUCAGCGAUGCCAUGACCCUCAAAGAGCGCCUCCGCCGUGACAGCUCCAAGCCCGCCACACGAUUCCGCCUCGCGGUCAUGAAGCGCGUGGUCGUGCCGCCUGUGUCUAUCCCGAAGUCGAUCGCCGAGCACCGUGGCAGCAAAGACAUCGUGGGCGGAUGCCGUGUGCCAUUCACGCGCUGCAUGUGGGAAACCGAGAAGAUGCGCCAGCAACUCGUGCUACGUCGGCUGUAUAUGCUCCCGAUCCUGCGCGAGGAAGCUAGUCUCGAAGCGUAA